AUGACCACGCGAAAGAACGGCUACAACGCCCUUCUCCGACUCCUCCAACGCUUCGCCGACAAGCACAGCUUCUCCAAGCAAAGCGUGUGCCGCCAGAAGAAGGCACAAAAAGACUUGGAAGAAACUCGGAUCACGUUUGACAAACAGUUCCAUGGCGACCACCUCGAUGUCUCCAUGGACUGCGUCUUUGACGACAUGUGCCCAAGCACCAUAUGGGUGCAUUCGCGCACCAUCGACGAGCUGAUUGAAAACACUGAAAGCUCGUAUGAUGAGCUGCCCAUGGAAACAUUAUCAAAAACCUUCAUCACCCUACAAAAGGUGAUGGAGAAAACACUUGAAACCUUCGGAACGAACGAUUACAAGAUUCCCCAUAUGAACAAGAAUGCCAUCAAGGACUUGACGCUGUACAACGUUCGAUGCGACCCAUCAGUGCACAAGAAUGCCGUCGCCUUCCUCAGCCAGCGACCCUUGAAUUCCCAAACAUGA